GUAAAUCAUAGUACAUUGAAAGUUUAUUCGAAAGUUUCCGUCUUCCUCCUUUAAAUAUCCAAUAAAAAGAAAAAAAAGAUUUAAUUAGGGAUAUACAUCCUAGUUAUUUACCUGUCGUAGUUGUGUUAGGAUGACAUUGUGUGGAAGUAGGACUACUGACUACGCCGUCACGAUACUUCUAGUUACUUUUAUUAUUUCUUGUAAUGCUUCAAAUGAUCUUGAAAAGCCAAAAAAGUGUCAUUUUGAGGUUGAGAACAAAUCCGGCAAUUACUUAGCUAAAUGGCUUAAAAUUAUAGACGGAAUGGUUGCUCCUUUGGACAUUGCGUUUACAAAUAACAAGACAUAUAGUUCAACACCAGACGUUUUGCUUCCGAACAGAUGGAUAUGGACAUUUGUUCCUCCUUUCGGUGGAAAAUUCUACAUUUCAUGGCCCUUGGAUUACUUUGUGUAUUCGUUCGGUCUACUCGAUACGCAUACUUUAUAUCCUACAAAAAUCUACUUAAACGUUACUCCUCCGGACUGCAAUAUUACAUUCGGCGAUCCUAAAACUACUGAAGGAAUUGGUAACGCUUUGCAAAAAAUGGCCAAGGAGCAACACUUUUAUAAAAUCAACGAGAUGUAUGACUAUAGCUACUGGUGUUAUUUGUCGAGGAGUUCUUAUUUUAAUAACUCAUUGUACUAUGGUUUAAGUCGAUACCUAAACGUACCAUUACAACUAUUGGGAUAUAAAUGCUGUCGGAACAGUGGUGGAAAGAAACGGUUAAUUUGUGACCACAAAAAUGUCAUACAGAAUUCCUAUCAACUAAUACCCUUUUACAUAGGACUUGUUUUCCUAGUAUAUUUUCCACUUGCUCUUCUAAAAUUUGGACAUGAAGCUUUGGAAUCCAGUAAUGACAUAAAACAUAUCGCGUUACAAUCGGAAUAUUCAAUUAUACCAAAUCAGGAUGACGACUAUAUUUUUAUGAGAACAAGAGGUCAUAUAUCAGUCUUUAAAAUGAUUGUCAGCGCUUUUGGAUUGGCUGACAAACAUCCGGUAAUUGUGUCGAGAAUACGACGAGUUAUAUUUGUAACAUUGGCUCCAUUUCUUGUAUACAUAUUUAUUUUACUUUACUACAAGAAAGGACGUUAUUUGAUGAAAGAAAUAGUCAAUCAUAGAAUUCCACAUGGGUUUGUAUCUGUUGUCGGUGGUUUUACUGAGAGUCUAGACCUGUACCUACCAAUGUUUGGUGGUCCGGCAAUUUCGCUCAUUUUAUACCUCAUAGUAGGAUUAAUAUUGACGUUAGUUCCAAGAAGUUUGUCUGAUAUCCUUCAGUUGGGGUUAUCUCCUGACGAAUCAACCUAUUCAACACUUUUAACAUUAGACUUGGUAACAAUUGAAAAGUUUUCGAAGAAGAAAUGCAGUCAAAUAUCUGGCUACCGGAGAUUCUAUUCUGUAAUGAGAGGAUCGUUAUACAUGUUAAUAAAUCCGUCAUUUUGGUGUUAUGUCCUAUCGUUCCAAAAGACAAGAUUGAGAAAAGUAAUAGAUAAAUUGUGUCCUGGGUGUGUUGGGACGAUCUGUAUGGCCAUUAUUUGUCUGCCUGUAUUUGUAUCUUACUUCUGUUUCUGUAUUUUAGAGACGGUAUUAAUGAUAUUUUAUUACGGCUUUCCCUUUUGUUAUUUUGUGGUGUCAACUGCCAAAGGAUACGCAAAGUAUUUCCAAAGAGCACAACAAAAACAGACAUUUAUGCUAAAUGUUGUAUUAUCAAUACUUUUCCCUAUUUGCUUUCUCUUUUUCAUGUUUAUGUUGGUCAUGAUAAGUCUGGAAACUUUCAUGAUCAUUGGUUAUUUCAUAUUUUUCGUUUACUUAUCCCUUGUGAUAUUUCCAGGAUGGUCUUUUGGUUUCGUAUACUAUGUAAUUAUGUUCAUUCUAUAUGUACAUAGUGUAUUGAAAGAUUUUAAACAGGAAUACCAAGACUUAUUGCAUCAUACCAUACAAGCAUCCGUUAAAGUGGAAAAGGCUGCCUUAGCAACGGAACUACUAAAUAAAAGACAAAACUGUACAGGCUGCUCUAUGCCCGAAUUUAUAGCAAUUACUAACAGAAUUCCCUUAGAAAUAUUUAAUCAAACUACAUCGAUACAGCAUGAUAAUCGAAUCGAAUAUGUACGAUUUCGAAAACAGAUACCAGGAGUUCGAAGAGAUCUGUAUCGGUUCGUUAUCGAUAGAUCCUAUCCCGUACAUAUCGCAUUCUUCCAUAUCAUCGUGCAAAUUUUAGUGCUACAAGUUAUCGUUUUGAUCUCUAUAUUAUUUAUUACCACGUACAUACAGAGGGAAUCGUCACGGGACUCCAGUGACGUCCUGAAUGUAAUGUGUAUUAUAAUUGUAACAAUGAUUCCAAAUCUUGUACGUAUUUUCUUCUGUAAAGUACAUAACAAUAAGGUAAGAAAAAGGAAAAUCCGACAAAGAGUUAUAGAAUUUUGGAGAGCAAAGAACAAUGUUUACAUCGACGAUGAUAACGAGUAAGGAAAAGGACACAAUGGCUCCAUUUCAUCUGUUCUGAUGUCAAUUACAAAAAGGGUUAAUUGGGAUCUCCAAUUGAUCUAAAAGGUGAUUACAAGAAACUCGUAAUAAGUUCAUGGACAUUAAGUUAAAAGUUUAAGGAAUCCUGAAGUUUUAGCAGCAAUAGAUUUUUAGUUUCUACAACUUAAAACCUUGUCCGUAUUUUGAAUUCAGAACUUUGAAGUACUGAACAAUUAGGUUGGUGACAGUACUGAACAAUAAGCCUGGUGACAGUACUGAAAAAUUAGGCUGGUGACAGUACUGAAAAAUUAGGCUGGUGACAGUACUGACAAAUUAGGCUGGUGAGUCUCCCAGUAAAGAUAUCUAACCAAUGAUAACAUUUAACGGUACAACAUUUACAGCAGCAGAAGCACAUGAAAUAUUGUAUAGAUACCUGUUUAUUGUUGACUAUUUGUAUCCAUUUAGAUGUCUUUUGUUUAUUUUUGUCAUUGGUUUGUGCAAUACAUUGUAAGCUAAACAUUUGUUUCCGAAUCGAAUUAAUGAUUCAACUACAAUUAUAUAAUCAUGCCAAUGUGUAAAACUUGAAUGAAUCAAUAAAUAAAAUCUUAACACUUA